AUGGCUUCUUCGAACGUCAUUGCGGAGUACGCAAAGUCUGGUCGAUCUUCGUGCAAAAAAUGCUCAAAAACGAUCGCUAAAGAUGCUCCGAGACUGGGUUUGGUGAGCAGAGACUCGAGAGGGUUUGAUAUGACCAAAUGGCAUCACCUGGAGUGCUUUCCUUCGAAUUCGGCAUCAAUUAAUGCACUUGACGCAAUCAAAGGGUUUUCAUCGUUCAAGGGUAGUGAUCAAGAGGCUUUGAAGAAAGUGGUGAAUGUUGGUGAACAGUCGAAGGAGAAGGUUUCAGAUGGAGAUGAAAAUGCGUUUGAAGGAAGCAGAGAGAAAAUUGGCAUAGGACUGAAGGUUCGUAAAAGAGAUGGAAAUGAGGAAAGAACUUUGAAGAAGCAAAAGUUGGCUACGCCUAAUGAAGCUAGUGAGCUGGAGGUAGCCUUUUCUGUUUCUGAUGUCAAGGAUAAGUAUAAGAAUGCCACAUUAUCAUCCAAGUGGAAGGCAUUCCAGACAAUCAUAUUUCUGGAACGGGAUGAUCGCCUUCAUGAUUCGGAAAAAAUUGCUGCUUUUGAUUUUGAUGGAUGUCUUGCAAAAACAUCAGUGAAGAGAGUAGGUUCAGAUGCUUGGUCGCUUAUGUAUCCCUCAAUACCGGAGAAGCUGCAGAGCCUGUACAAUGAUGGUUAUAAGCUGUUGGCUACGCCUAAUGAAGCUAGUGAGCUGGAGGUAGCCUUUUCUGUUUCUGAUGUCAAGGAUAAGUAUAAGGUAAUUUUCACCAACGAAUCCAACAUUGAGCGCUGGAAGAAUAAAAGACAGGUCGCCGUGGACUCAAAAAUUGGACGUCUGAACAGUUUUAUUGAGGAAGUGAAAGUCCCUAUUCAGGUUUUCAUUGCUUGUGGGUAUGAUAAAUCUAAUGGUCAAGCAGAAGAUCCCUUCCGCAAACCCAAACCUGGGAUGUGGCGCAUAAUGCAGCAACACUUCAACUCUGGCAUUGCGGUUGAUAUGAAUCAAUCAUUUUAUGUUGGUGAUGCAGCUGGGAGACCUGAUGAUCAUAGUGAUGCUGACAUCAAGUUUGCACAGCUUUCUUGUCCAUUCUGUUUAGUAGUUUGCAGUCAUAAAUCUGCUCAUGUUACACCACAAUACCAAAUUGAUUUGCUCCCAACCCAUUCCUGGAUCAUUCUAUAUGUUGUGAUUUUGAGUCCAUUUUAUUUGCCUGAUUAA